AUAAGUCGGCUGCCCCCUCACCUCGAAUUGAGAAGUGGUAUCAUCCUCUCUUCACGAACCUACACUAGUCUUCCUAGCCCUGCAUUUGAUACAGUUGUUCUGGCUUUUUGUUUGUUCGUCUGUAUUCAAUCUAUUCAGUUCAUUUCGAACAUGACUGUGACCAGUGAGUUGGGCACUCUGGCAGAGACCACUAUGCCCAAUGCAUAUGACAUAUCCCCGGACGAGGAGAAGAAGCAGCAUCUCGAUGACUCUGCUCCAGAGGAAGACCCGUUUGGGAGCGAAGAGUGUGCGGAGGUGAAAUACCGCACGCUAGGUUGGUGGCACUGCGGAAUACUCAUGGUGGCGGAGAACGUCUCGAUUGGAAUCCUGUCCCUCCCAUCUGCGGUUGCAACCUUAGGGCUAGUCCCGGCUAUCAUCAUAAUGAUCGGGAUAUCCUUCAUUGCAUGGUACACUGCUUACAUCAUCUAUCAAUUCAAGAUGCGAUAUCUUCAUAUCCACAGCAUGGGGGAUGCGGGAGAGGUUAUCCUAGGCCGUUUUGGACGUGAGCUGUUGGGAGGAGGCCAGCUACUCUUUCUGGUGUUUGUGAUGGCCAGCCAUAUCCUUACUUUCACUGUGGCCAUGAAUACUAUAACCGAUCAUGGCACCUGCACCAUCGUCUUCGGUGUUGUUGCGUUGGUCAUCAGCUGUAUCGGCAGCCUACCACGAACGCUGGGAAAUGUGUACUGGAUUUCAUUUGCUUCUUUCCUCAGUAUUGCUAUCGCUGUCAUCGUGACCAUGAUUGCCGUGGGGGUGCAGAAUACAGGCUCCAUCCACCUCGAUGCCGUUACUCACCACAGCUUCAAGACCCAAUUCCUCGCUGUGAGCAACAUUCUGUUCGCGUACGUGGGCCAUGCGUCCUUCUUCGGAUUCGUGUCGGAAAUGGAACAUCCCCGGGAAUUUCCCAAGUCCAUCGCAGUUCUUCAAGUCAUCGACACCUCUCUGUACAUUGUCAGUGCCGUCGUGAUUUACCGCUACGUGGGCGUGGAUGUCGCGUCCCCAGCCCUAAGCUCUGCCGGACCCGUGAUGAAGAAAGUCGCCUACGGGCUGGCUCUCCCAACUGUCUUGAUUGCUGGAAUCGUCAACGGCCAUGUGGCCGCGAAAUACGUUUAUGUCCGUCUCUUCCGUGGCACCAACCACAUGCACGAGACGACAUUUCUGUCCCGAGGAUCCUGGGUCGCCAUCGCCCUAGUACUCUGGGUACUCUCUUGGGUCAUCGCUGAGUCGAUCCCUAUCUUCAACGAUCUAUUGAGUUUUAUUACUGCCCUCCUCGGCUGCUGGUUCGCCUUUGGUUUCCCCGCGAUCUUCUGGUUCGUCCUCAACAAAGGCCAAUGGUUCUCAUCACCCUGGAAGAUCUUUCUGAGUGUGAUCAAUCUCUGCAUUCUAGGGAUAGCAUUCAUUACCUGUGGUUUAGGACUCUGGGUCUCCGGCGACGCGAUCAGCAACGACAGCAACAACUCGGUGUGGACCUGUGCAAGUAAUGGUGUUUAGGAACAACUAACUGCCUGC